CGCACCGCAUCCCCAUCCCACCUCCCGCCCUGGCUACAGAGGAACCAUCGUCUUCUUCCUUCUCCACACUACCCAUCUCACCUCUCACCACCAUCCCCCCACUCGUACUCACACGCCGACGAAGACGCAUUCAUCAAAGGAAGAGCGCGCCACGUCUGGACAAGAAUAUUCUCAUCAAUCGCUGUUUCAGACUCUAGUAGUACUGACACUAGCUCCGAAGGAAGGUCUCAUACCCAAGUCCUUUCGCCUACUACUCCCUUCGUUACAGGAUCUUGCUAGCACAUCGCGUGAGAAGGAACCAUUGCUAGCUGCAACCCUCGCUCCCCCCAACUACUCCCCCACAAGUCACACAUAUACACAAUGGCUACGACAGAAGCAUCGUCGGCGCCGCGCAGGGGCGGCUUCAGAAGAGGAGGCAGGAAUCACCACGGCGGCGGAGGUGCAGCAGACCCGAGUCGGAUUCAAGCAGAUGAUACUGAAGAGGUGCGGGCUCUGAGAAAGAAGUACGGUUCUCAACUUGGUCUACUUCGUGAACUCUUUGGGGAUUGGACAGACGAGGAUCUACUCUUUGCUCUGCAGGAUGCCGGAGGUGAAGUGGAACUGGCAGUAGGCCGUAUUUCUGAAGGUCAUGCUGAGCAAUUCUCAUCGGUCAAAUCAAAGAAGCAACUCAAGAAGGACACGUCGGCCACUUCGGCUACCACUACUGCUGAUGGCUCCCUUGCUGCUGCCCCUGCACUCACCAAUGGUCAAGCUUUUGGAGGAGGCGGUCGUGGAGGCCGUGGCGGAGCUGCCGCUGGCGGUAGAGGAAGGGGUGGACUCGCUGGUGCUCCCCUGCGCGGUGGACGAGGUGGAGCCCGAGGAGGGUUCAGAGGAGGAGCCAGUGGAGGACGGGGCGGUGGCAUCACACCUCAAGUCAAUGGCCACGUCUCUGAAACCGCCGCUGCUCCCACCACGACUGCUCCUACCAGCACCGGACCUACAUGGGCAGAGGCCAUCGCCAAGGCCAACGGCUCAGGCAAGCAAAAGGCUCCUGCUGCCCUCGCUGGUGAUGCGCCCGCUGCUUCAGAGGAACAGACUACCUCUGCUGCUGCUGUAGAUGCAAUCGCUGCUGCCAUGGGCACUGGCGCUAGCUGGGACGAUGACAACGAGACGGCUGCUGCCCCCGCUGCUGCUCCUGCUACGUCAGCUGCUCCGGCAUCGACUCAAGCUCCGCCGCCGCCUGUUGCCAAGACUCCAAGCUCGAGGACAAUUCCUGCAGGCUCAAAGAUGAGCUGGGCUCAGAUUGCCCGACCUCAAGAUCCGCCUAAGCCCCAACCACCCGCGCCAGUUGCCGUGCCGGAGCCUACGCCCGUAGCUUCUGCUCCCGUGCAAGAGGAGGAACCCAUCGUUGUGCAGGAGACUGUUGUCAUCGAGGAGACACCUGCCGGCACUGUGGAGACUGUGGUCGUAGAGACGGAGGAGGCUCCAGCUGCAGUGGAACCCGAGGUGGUAGCCGUCCCUGAAGUUCAAGCUCAAGAAGAGCCCGAAGUGCCUGCUCCUGCUCCAGUGGCGCCUGCCGUGGCUGCCCCCACAAAGCCUGCUACUCAGCGUUCCGGCAUCUCUCAACGUCAGCUCGCCCGAUCGAGGCAAGAUCAGCCCGUCGUCAUGGCUGGCGGCAACAAUCUGGACAAUCUCGGCGUUCAGUUCGGUACCCUCAACUUCCUAGGAGGAGAUGAUAAUGAUGUGCCCGAGCCGCAACAAGAGGCCGCACCCGCUGCCGCACCUGCUCAGCGUGAGCCGGAGCCAGCCCCUGAGGCAGCUGCCUUUGAGCAGACCCAGUAUGCAUCACAGCAACAGGCCGCCCCUGCACAGGAGGCAGCACCACAGCAGCCCCCUCAGGCUCCCGCUGCUUCGUCUUACGGACAACAAGCACAGCAGCCUCACCAGCCGCAACAACAGCAGCAGCAGCCCCAGACUCAGCCCCAGCAGAGCAGCUACGGUGGCUUCGGCUCGAAUGCCUUUGGCGGAUCAGGCUACGGAGGAUACGGCCAGCAACAGCAGGCGGACCAGACUUCAUACGGCAGCGGAUAUGGCAACGCCGUUGGUCAGCAGCAAGGAACUCCGGCUGCCAGCCACCACGAGACACCUGUUCAGAGCAGCCAGGGUCUGCAAGACUACUCCAUGUACGGCGGUCUAGACACGAACCGUCUGGCCUCCUUCUACGGUGGUGGUAACUACGACCAGAGUGGUGGGUUCGGCGCUCGCGAGGACAGGAGCUCGCAGCAGAACACUGCCAGCAGCCAGGAGACUGGUACUCAACAGUCUACCCAGGCCUCUACGCCAGCUUCGCACCACCAGCAACAGCAACACCAACCUCAGGGCGCUGCUGCUCACCAUCAUCACCAGCAGCAACCAUACCCUGCUGCAGCUGCCGCUAUGCCCUACUACUACCCACAGCACUACUACCAGUACCCUCAUUACGGUCAGCCAGGUGGCUACGGUCAGUACGCUCCUUACGGCGGCCAUCCCCAUGCUCAACCUCAGCACGUUGCCAAGCCUGGUACCCCUGCCAGCAUCGCCUCUCCUUACGCCUCUCAGGGUGCUCCUGAUGUAGGCGGCUACGGUUCUCAGGGUGGCUAUGGCCAGAGUGCCGGCGCAGGCGCUGGUGGUUACGGCUCGUACGGAGGCGACGCCUUUGGUGGUCAGCAGCGAUCUGGUGGUCAGAGCGACUAUGCCAAGAUCUACGGAGGUGCUGGUCUCGGCUCUUUCCUCGGCGGCGGCGGCGCGCCUCCCUCUCAGAGCGGCGGUGCUGGCGGCAACAUCCCCAGUGGACCCGCCUCUCAGUCCACUCCUCAGCAGGGUCACCAGUCCUCCGGUGCUUCUGGAACUGCCUCUGGACCCAAGCAGGGCAGUGGAGCUCCCUCUGGUGCUCCUACCGGCCCCGCCAGUGGACUACAGGAUGGAGGAGCAGGCUACGGUGGCUAUGGCAAGCAGCAAGGUGGCGCUCAGCAGCAGCAGGGUGGUCGACCAAACUCGGCUGCUCCCCCUCCCCAGCAGCAACAGCAGCAGGGUGGCGCUCCUAACGCGGCGGCCGGAGGGUACUACCAGCAGUACUCUGGCUAUGGUGGAGGAGGAGGAGGAGGACAGGGAGGUGCUUCGGCUUAUGGCGGGUACCCUUAUGGCGGUCAGAGGGGUUACUGGCAGUGAGCGGACCCUUAGUCCGUGGCAUUCAGUCAGUCAGUUCUGGAAGAGAGGAAAGGAGGACAUGCUGUGACGUGGAACAGACCUGAUGGAUUCACGUACCCACACACUCCAUUCAUGUCGAGGUCGAGAUGAAACACUAUCAAAUCUGCCAAAAUCCCCACAAUGGGUGGCCACACUACUCUUCUUAGCAAAUGUAUCCACCCUUUUCUUUCUUCCUCAGCUUAAUUGCGCAUUGCGUGUUCGUGGCUGUUCAU